GGGUCUUCUCUCCCGAGUCAAAAAGAACACGCAAAGCAAACCAAGCCACCCUCCCCAUCACCAUUCAACACAACACAAAACAAUCGUGUCCAUUGUCGGUGUGGACCUCCCUUUCCCCCAAACCCUAAUCGCCACCUCCUCCGAUUUCUUUCUAUGGUUCAUCAUUCCUAUUCCCUUUUCCUUGCUCCGAUCAAUUACGCUUUUUACUUCCAAUUCGUUUAGUUCCGUAAUUCACUUUUUAACUCUAUUAUUUAAUUUCAUUUAAUUAGACCGAGUGCUGUUGGGACCAGCAUGUACUAGUUUCCUUCUUGAUUGUACAGUUUUGAUUCUGAAUUGUUGAGUUUGAGGACAUGGAUUUGGUACCAAGUAUCAAGGAAAAAUUGAACUAUUUUCGUAUAAAAGAGCUCAAAGAUGUACUCACUCAGUUAGGACUUUCAAAGCAGGGAAAGAAGCAGGAUCUUGUUGAUCGCAUAUUAUCUGUUCUCUCAGAUGAACAAGGUAAGAUUGUACACUUUCAAAGACAUACAGGACUCAACCUUUGGUUUCCAAAAUGUGGGCUAAGAAGAAUGCUGUUGGAAAAGAACAGGUGGCAAAAUUGGUGGAUGACACAUAUAGGAAAAUGCAGAUAUCCACGGCCACUGAUCUAGCAUCCAAGGGACAGGGUGGAUCAGAUAGCAGUAAUGUAAAAGCUAAAGGUGAAUUUGAUGAUUCCUUGCAAUCAGAUGCAAAGAUUCGCUGUCUCUGUGGAAGUUCAUUGGAAACAGAGGAUUUGGUCAAGUGUGAUGAUCCAAGAUGCCAGGUGUGGCAACACAUCAGUUGCGUUAUUAUUCCAGAGAAACCUACAGAAGGCAUCCCACCCGUUCCUGAUAAAUUUUAUUGUGAACUCUGUCGUCUCAGUCGUGCUGACCCGUUUUGGGUUUCAGUGACGCACCCUUUGCUUCCUGUGAAGUUGAUUGCAACCAGUAAUCCAACUGAUGGAUCCAACCCAGUGCAGAAUUUGGAGAGAACAUUUCAACUUACAAGAGCAGACAAGGACUUGGUAUCGAAGCCGGAUUUUGAUGUUGAGGCUUGGUGUAUGCUUCUGAACGACAAGGUUCCAUUCAGGAUACACUGGCCGCAGUAUACAGACCUGCAGGUCAAUGGUUUUACUGUUCGUGUAAAUAACAGACCUGGUUCACAGUUGCUUGGGGCUAAUGGUCGUGAUGAUGGUCCAAUUGUCACAGCAUAUGCAAAAGAUGGAAUUAAUAAGAUUUCCUUUACAGGAUGUGAUGCUCGCAUUUUUUGUUUAGGGGUUCGUAUUGUUAGAAGGCGGAACAUGCAACAGAUCCUAAACUUAAUACCAAAGGAGUCUGAGGGUGAGCAAUUUGAAGAUGCUCUUGCUCGUGUUUGCCGUUGUGUUGGGGGCGGAAAUGCAGCUGACGAUGCUGAUAGUGACAGUGAUUUAGAAGUGGUUUCAGACACAUUCAGCAUCAACCUUCGAUGUCCAAUGAGUGGUUCAAGAAUGAAGAUUGCUGGAAGAUUCAAACCUUGUAUUCACAUGGGUUGCUUUGAUCUUGAGGUUUUUGUGGAAAUGAAUCAACGAUCGAGGAAGUGGCAAUGUCCUAUAUGCCUCAAAAACUAUGCAUUGGAGAAUAUAAUCAUUGACCCUUACUUCAACCGCAUCACUUCUAUGAUGAUAAAUUGUAGUGAAGAAAUUACAGAGGUUGAAGUGAAGCCUGACGGUUCUUGGCGUGUUAAGGCAAAGAAUGAAAGUGAACGCCUGGAAUUAGGGAACCUAGCACAAUGGCACUUCCCUAAUGGAUCCCUCUGUGUUUCUACAGAUGGAGAUGUCAGGAGAGUGGAAACAUUGAAGCAGGUCAAACAGGAAGGUGUUUCAGACAGUCCUACGGGUUUGAAAAUUGGCAUAAGGAAAAAUCACAAUGGAGUUUGGGAAGUCAGUAGACCUGAGGACACAAACACCUCUUCUGGUAAUAGAUUGAAAGAGGUUUUUGGAAUCCCUGAACAUGUUAUUCCAAUGAGCAGCAGUGCCACUGGAAGUGGACGGGAUGGUGAUGAUCCUAGCGUAAACCAGGGUGGUGGGGGCCAUAUUGAUUAUUCUACUACCAAUGGGGUUGAGAUGGACUCUUUGUGUCUCAAUAAUGUUGAUUUAGCAUACGAAUAUCCUGCACACAACACUUCUACUCAGGUGGGUGGCGCAGAAAUUAUUGUUCUUAGUGAUUCUGAAGAAGACAAUGAUAUCUUGGUAUCUCCUGCAGUUGCAUAUAAGGACAACCGAAAUGAUGCUGCAGAUGGUUACUCUGUGCCACCACCUGGAAUUGUUGAUUCAUAUACUGAAGAUCAUAAUCUUGGUGGAAAUUCAUGCUUGGGACUUUUUCCUAAUGAUGAUGAUUUUGGGAUGUCUUCCCUGUGGUCAUUGCCUUCUGGAACUCAGGCUGGUCCAGGAUUCCAAUUAUUUGGUUCUGAUGCAGAUGUGUCAGAUGCACUGGUCCAUCUGCAGCAUGGUCCUAUUAAUUGCUCCUCAUCACUAACUGGUUAUGCCAUGGCUCCAGAUACUGCUUUGGGAUCUGGUAGUAUCUUGCAAGAUUCCUCUGCUGGUCGGUCAGAUGCUGAUUUGAAUGGUGGUUUGGUGGACAAUCCAUUGGCAUUCGGUGGAGAUGAUCCCUCUCUUCAGAUUUUUCUCCCCACAAGACCAGCUGAUUCAUCCAUGCAGAAUGAAUUGAGAGAUCAAGCAAAUGUGUCUAAUGGUGUCUGCACAGAGGAUUGGAUAUCCCUUAGUCUUGGAGGUGGUGCUGGUGGCAGUAAUGGCAAUGCUUCCACUCAAAAUGAGUUGAAUUCUAGACAUCAAAUCCCAGCCAGAGAAGGUCCCACCAAUACUUUGACUGAUACUGCUUCUUUGCUCCUUGGUAUGAAUGAUGUUAGAUCUGACAAGGCAAGUAGGCAAAGAUCAGAUAGCCCUUUCUCAUUUCCUCGCCAAAAGCGUUCUGUAAGGCCCCGCUUGUACCUUUCUAUUGAUACUGAUUCAGAGUAAAGGUCAGACCUUGUGUCUCAAGAACUUUAGGUAUUCUUAACGCCAUAUUUUGUAUUUAGAAAUUGAAGAAAGUUGAGAGGCAUUUUUGGUCCUCGUGAAAUGGCAGUUCAUACUUCAUGUUGUUUGAGGCAUCUCUGAUAGAACAGAGCUACAAAUUACCUUACCAAAAUGCUUGCACCUACCAUGUUGGCAAAGAUUCUUUAUACUUGAUAAAUUGUCCUUAUGACUGAUGUUGACAGGUAAAGCUCGAAUUAUUAUUCCGUCAAUUUUCAAUGAGGGUUUGCUGGGGGUAUAAUCUUGGAUUAUUGUACAGUUGAUCAUUCAAAUCUAGUAGUUAAAACUUUCUAAUUUGGUGGGGAGAUCCCAUAGGAAUAUUAUAUCUGCAUUUUUGUCUCUGCUGAGAGCAAUAACAUGUAAAUGUUUAGCCAUUAGAUUCAAUAGUGAAAUCAAAACUAUUGUUUCUCUUAAUCAAAUCCGUCAUUUUUCAAGGAUAUUAUGCUGGCUUUCGCUCAUGGAUGGCCGAGGUAGGCGCCCGUUUUCAUAAUUUCUGAAUGUUAAUAUAUAUUUGACAUGUUUAGUCCCCAAAAUGCCUCCCCAUUUGGAUCGAUAUUUCUGGGCUGGCCACAUUUCUUAUUUGCACAUCGCCAAAGUUGUCUAUAACCCCUGAAUGUAAGGGAUAUAGCCAACUAUCAUUGACCUUGUUAUUUUAAGUUCCGAUCUGCCAGCAUCUGGCUGAUGAAUAUCGGUUGAUAGCUGCUGUAUUAUUAGGCUAAUAUCAUUAAUUAGGCGGUGGAGGAACAUUAUUUGGGUUUUGGCCACCGUUUUAAUAUUCUAUUCAUUUAGUGCUGGUGGUUUAAUUAUUGGAAUCAAUUAUGUUCGUAAAUUUAAAUUCUCUUUGCACAAAUCAGCAAGAAGGGAAGAAAGAUAAGGCAAUAAUAGAUAAAAGGGCCGAGACACAUUUAGAGGUAUAGAGAGAGAAUUCUGAAGGAUAGAAUGGAGAAUAUUACAGAGUUUGUAUAUUCUUAAUUACCUAUAUUCUGUCAAUUUUCAACAAUGGAGUCCGUGUUACAAAGAGUUUGUAUUAGUCUUUACAAGUAUCAAAAUAGUUGAAUGAGAAAAUGAUAGAAAGCGAAAGAACUAU